AGCGUUAUACCAGGCGUGCAUUAGCAACAGUAGUAGGUGGGGCAACAGGAAGAGAGCUUGCCGUUUAGGGCUAAAGAAAGUGGGAGGUGGGUUUACUAAGUCACCGUGAAAGCUGUUUAUAUGGUACUAGGAGAUUUUUUAUUUAAUUAUUUAUGGUGGAACAUUAGUUAACAAGGCAUCUAAAAAUGGGAUGUUUGUUUUCUAAAAAAUCGAAAGGGAAAAACGAGAAAGAACAGGUUACUACAUCCAGUGCAGUUAAUGAUGAGGCACCAAAGCAGUACAGUUGGGACAAACGAGAGAAGGUUGAUCCAAAAGAUUAUACAUUUUCUGGACUGAAGGACCAAACAGUAGGUCGGCUUUCUGGGACUGUUGCUGGGCAGCAAUUUAUAAUUCAGGAUUGUGAGAAUUGUAAUAUCUACAUUUUUGACCAUUCUGCUACUGUUACAGUUGAUGACUGUACAAACUGCCGAAUCUUUCUGGGUCCUGUCAAGAGCAGCGUCUUUUUCCGAGGUUGUAAAGAUUGCAAGUGCAUGGUAGCAUGCCAACAGUUCCGAAGCCGAGAUUGCAAAAAGAUGGACAUAUUCUUGUGCUGCGCAACACAGCCAGUUGUUGAAUCCUCCACAGGCAUGAAGUUUGGAUGUUUCCAAUAUUAUUAUCCAGAACUAGCUUUCCAGUUUAAAGAUGCAUCUCUGAGUAUCUUUAAUAAUAAUUGGAGUAGUAUUCAUGACUUUACCCCUGUAUCGGGAGAAACCAACUGGAGUCUUUUACCAGAGGACAGCAAUAUACAGGACUUCAUUCCUCUUCCUGAUUCGGAAGAACUAAAAUCUGUUAGGAUUAAUACCGAUGUCAGCAGGAGUAUCAUUCCAAUAACACAUGGACAGAGACGGAAAACGAGUGAUGAAUCGUGUUUGGUUGUCUUCUUUGCUGGGGACUACACUACUGCCAAUGCCAGAAAGCUUAUUGAUGAGAUGACUGGCAAAGGCUUGGUGCUAGUGCAGACUAAAGAAGUCGCAAUGAAACCAGAAGAUGCCAACCGAGUGUUCCAGGAGAGAGCGGAUGAAUUUUCUCCCAUGCUUGAGGCAGGUCCUGUAGUUGCACUGGAAUUCAAUGGAGAAGGUGUUGUGGAGGCAUGCCAAGCAAUCAUAACCGAUGUUUUUAGUGGAACGAAGGUCUUCGUUUCUGAAAGCAAGGCAACAGCAUCUCGAGAUGUAGACAAUUUCUACAAUUUUGCAGACAUGCAAAUGGGAAUUUAAGCACUAGUGAGAACUCCUUUGAAGAUUUGUCCAUCUUUCCAAGCCGUUUUUGUGACCCUGGCUGCUGUUUAAUCAUAUCUUUGUACCUCACUAGUGUUGCAGGACUGUGCUUUUAUCAAUAAGUGAAUGUUAAAAAAAUGUUUUAAUGAUUUUAAGUGUUUUUCUAAUGGAACUUGUGGCACAUUAACCAAAGCAUCUCAAAGCAAGGCCUUAUUUCUAAAUGGGGAAUGUACUGCUUAAUACCAUGAAACAAGUACAUGAGCAGUACAGUUUUUAAAUUAAAUAUUUGUAAAAGUUUUAUUUUUUCAUUAAAUUAGUAUUAAUUUGUGUAUAUUUUAUCCACAUCUUAGCAUGUUCUGCUAAAAGUCGUAGAUUUGUAUAGUAUUUUGUAAUUGUGCUAAUUUUUAGAUGUUGAAAAUGUAAUAGGUGGACCAGAUUUUAUUGUAUUUUAUGCAUGUGUGAUUGAUAUACUAUCUUUAUUAUGCUGGCAACCAUUAAAUUGUGUAUUAAAUAGGCUUUUCUAAAAAGGCCAGUAUGUUUACAACAGAAAACUGUGCAAGGUAGUACAUGGAGUGACAUAGUGGUUUUUAAUAUGUCAGCAUUCAUCUUCUGUUAACGUGUUAUACUAAAGGUAAAACAGCAUGCUGGAAUCCCUUUUGCUUCUAUAAUGCAGUAUCUUUUGUGGUGUGGGCUAUCACAAUAAUGGCUUAGUUUGUACAGCAUGUCUUAACCGAUAGGAUAUUUACAAAUGAAAGCUUCAUUUGGUAUAGAAGCACCUUCUCGACUUCUGAAGCUGACUCCAUGUCCCACAUUUCCUUACACAGUCCUGUAAGACGGUAGGCAGCCCAUUUCAUUCUUCAUGUCUUUCCUCCUGCUCAGAGGUCACACUGUUCUUUACAUGGGCUGUUUCAGCACUUUGCCUCCAAAUUAGCAUUUCAUUUGCACCCUUUUUAUUUUUCAGCCCCAAAGAACAGUGUUUCCUCGACUGCUACUGCAGAAAAAUACAAAGGUUGUAAAGUUAUUUUAUUAUAUUUGUACUCUGUUUAUGGUAUUUUUAAGAAAAUGUAUGUGUUGCAAAAUGCUAUUGAUAGGACAGAAAUGAGCCUCCUUGAUGAUCCCUGUGGUUGUGGUCAUCCUCCUCACUGGUCCAGAUUUGGCAUAUUUUUGGAAGGUCCUGUGCAUGAGAUGUGCUCUUGUGAUGAUGUACACCAUACUGUACCAUGUCCGCUAUGUAUGCAUGCUCAUCACCUGUACCCCUAAUGAACCAUGUC